AUGGUUGUCUUUUCACUAACAAAUGAUUCUUAUAUCGCUUCUGAUGUUGUUCUUGACCCUCUUUCGGUUGAUAUGGCGUUGGGAGAGUACAGACGUUUUUCCGUCCAGUUUAGAGAACCCUUGCCGGUUCGUUCAACAUUCAAGUUCACGUACCGAAACGUUGCAGGCACUUACAUCAAUAGAACUGAAGAGCUACCUAUUAAACCACUGGACCCGUUCAUAGUUGAAGUUGGUUCAAAUAGAACGUAUCAAACAUCAAUUGCUACGCGAAAGCCCGGUGUAGUUGAGCUUGGUCUUGUUUCAUCAAACCUCAGCAUCACACACCUUGAGCGUUUGCACGCAAGGAUAACUGUUUAUCACCAAAAGUCAUUGUCAAUACUUCAGCAGAUUGUUGGUUGGACUUAUUUUCUCGCUUGGACCUUAUCGUUUUACCCCCAAGUCGUCUUGAACUGUCGACGACAAAGUGUGACAGGCUUAAGUUUCGACUUCGUCGUCUUCAACAUCAUCGGUUUCGCAUGCUACAGCGCCUUCAAUAUUGGACUUUUUUUUGUCUCCCGAAUUCAGGAGCAGUACUUUGCACGUCACUCUCUCGGUGUCAUUCCGGUUGAAAUAAAUGACCUCUUCUUUAGUCUUCAUGGAGUGGCCGUGAUGCUGGUGGUAAUCAUUCAGUGCCUAUUCUUCGAAAGGGGAAACCAACGUGUCUCAAAAGUCUGUAUUGCACUCUCCUGCUUGAUGAUCCUCUUCAUCCUCACAUCAACUCUUCUGGCAGCUGCUGGUGUCGUCAGUUGGCUCACCGCUCUCUACCUCUACUCCUAUGUUAAACUCUUUGUCACGUUAAUCAAGUACUUUCCGCAGCUAAUUCUCAACUGUCGUCGUCGAAGUUGUGUCGGCUGGAGUGUGGGCAACUUCAUUCUCGACUUUAUCGGUGGCGUCUUGAGCGUUACUCAAAUGUUUAUCAAUGCCUACAAUUAUGGUGAGUUCAACAGUUGUAACCUCGAGCAAGGGAUUUUGGACUUGUGGUGGGCUUAA